AGAAAUGAAAGGAAGGAAGACAAAUAAGAAAAAGAGAAGGUCGGUUAGAAGAGAUGGCAGAGAUGACGGCGCUGGCGCUGUGUGGGAGCGUGUGAGGCGGCGGAGCAGCGCACGGUGUCGCUGCAGGCUGAGGAAGGGCGUGUGGGCGGCUCCUUGGCGGUGCGGCGGAGAGCCCGGCUGUGAGCGCGGGGGGGCGGCUGGGGCCGGGCAGCGGAGCCGGUGCGUGCGGGCGGCGGCGGGAGCCGUGCGGGGCCCGUGCGGGGUCGGAAGGACUGGUCGUGUGCGGCGGCGAUGGGCGAGUGUUUGUGGGGUGCGGUGUUGCGGGUGGUGGCGGUGCAGGCGGCGUGGGCGCUGUGCUGGGGGCAGGUGCGGUACUCGGUGCCGGAGGAAGCGAAGGCCGGGACGGUGGUGGGCCGUGUGGCGCAGGACCUGGGUCUGGAGGCGGGCGAGGCGGAGGCGCGGCGGCUGCGGCUGGUGCCUGGGGGCCGGCGGGCGAGCGUGGAGGUGAGCGGGGCGAGCGGGGCGCUGGUGGUGAGCUCGCGGCUGGACCGGGAGGAGCUGUGCGGCAAGAGCGCGCCGUGCGCGCUGCGGCUGGAGGUGCUGCUGGAGCGGCCGCUGCGCGUCUUCCACGUGGAGCUGGAGGUCACCGACAUUAAUGACAAUGCCCCCACCUUCCCCGCCGCCCGAAAAAACAUCAGUAUUGCCGAAUCGUCUCUGGUGGGUUCCCGUUUCCCACUGGAGGGCGCGUCAGAUGCGGAUAUCGGAGCGAACGCGCAGCUCUCCUACACACUGAGUCCCAACGAACAUUUCUCUUUGGAUAUACAAAAAUCAAAUGAGCGAAAUAUUGUUCCCGAACUUGUUUUAAGGAAACCGCUGGAUCGCGAGACGAUGGCCGUGCACCGGUUGUUGCUGACGGCGAGUGACGGGGGCCGGCCGUCUCUGACAGGGACGAUGGAGCUGGUGAUCUCGGUGCUGGAUGCGAACGACAACGCGCCCCAGUUCCACCUGUCGUUGUAUAAAGUGCAACUACCGGAGAGCGCUGCAGUGGGGACGCUGGUGGCACAGGUGAACGCCACAGAUGCAGAUGAAGGAAUUAACAGUGAAGUGACCUACACUGCAACCAGCUUCAUUCCGCCGAAUGGAAGAGAUGUGAUUUCCCUCAAUACCAAAACAGGGGAGAUUCACCUGACGGGUGCUCUGGACUUUGAAGAAGUCAGUAUGUUUGAUUUCCGUAUAGAAGCGAGAGACCAAGGUUGGCCCCCGCUGUCGAGUCACUGCAGCGUGGAGCUGGAGGUGCUGGACGUGAACGACAACGCGCCGGAGGUGCGGGUGACGUCGCUGUCGGUGCCGGUGUCGGAGGACGCGUCGCUGGGGACGGUGGUGGCCCUGCUGAGCGUGUGGGACCGGGACUCGGGGUCGAACGGUCGUGUGCGGUGCUGGGUGUGGCCGUCGGGUCCGUUCGUUCUGGAGGCGACGUUGUCGGGGUCGUACUCGCUGGUGCUGCGGGAGUUGCUGGACCGGGAGCGGGUGUCGGAGUACGAGGUGGAGGUGCGUGCGGAGGACGGCGGUUCUCCGUCGCUGGGCGGCCGCGUUGGGCUGCGUGUGCCGGUGUCGGACGUGAACGACAACGCGCCGUCGUUCGCGCAGGCGGUGUACACGGUGCUGGCGCGGGAGAACAACUUGGCGGGCGCGGAGCUGGCGCGGCUGUGGGCGCGGGACCCGGACGAGGCGGGCAACGGGCGCGUGAGCUACUCGUUGUGGGAGGGCGCGUUGGGCGGGGGGUCGGGGUCGUGGGGGUCGGGGGGGUCGGUCUCGGUGGGGGGUGUUGCGGCGUCGAGCUACGUGUCGGUGGAGGCGGAGAGCGGCGUGUUGCGGGCGCUGCAGCCGCUGGACUACGAGGAGGUGCAGGUGCUGCAGUUCGAGGUGCGUGCGGUGGACGCGGGGGAGCCGUCGCUGUGCGGCAACGCGACGGUGCAGCUGUUCGUGGUGGACGAGAACGACAACGCGCCGGCGCUGCUGCCGGCGGCGGGCGGCGGGGCGGAGGCCGGGGCGGUGUCGGGGGAGGCGGGGACGCUGUGGGCGUGGGCGUCGUGGGGUUCGCCGUCGGGUCAGGUGGUGGCGAAGAUCCGGGCGGUGGACGCGGACUCGGGCUACAACGCGUGGCUGCGCUACGAGCUGUGGGAGCCGCGGGGCAAGAGCGCCUUGUUCCGCGUGGGGCUGUACAGCGGCGAGGUGAGCACGGCGCGGGCGCUGGAGGAGGCGGACGGGCCGCGGCAGAGGCUGGUGAUCGUGGUGCGGGACCACGGCGAGCCGGCGCGCUCGGCCACGGCGACGCUGAGCGUGUCGCUGGUGGAGGGCGGCGAGGCGGCGCUGGCGGCGGCGGCGGGCUCGUCGUCCGGCUCUGGGCCGGCAGCGGCGGCGGCGACGAACGUGUGGCUGGUGGUGGCGAUCUGCGGCGUGUCGAGCCUGUUCCUGCUGGCCGUGGUGCUGUACGGGGCGUCGCGCUGGGCGCCGCGGGCGGCCGUGCUGUCGGGGCCCGGGCCCACGACGCUGGUGUGCGCCAGCGAAGUGGGCAGCUGGUCGUACUCGCAGCGCCACAGCCGGAGCCUGUGCGUGGCGGACGGCGCGGCCAAGAGCGACCUGAUGGUUUUCAGCCCCAACUUCCCGCCGCCGCCCGGCGCCGCGCCCAAGGACACGCAGCCGGAGCCGCCCAAUCUCCUUGAUACGGUCAGUGGCCCUCCCCCUGUCUCCUUUCUUUCCCCGGAGAACUCUCCUCUCUUCCGUUCCCUCUGAUCCGCCCCCUGCGCCCGUGCUGCUGCGAGUCUGUCCCCGCCUGCCCUGCCUAAAGGCCGUGGGUGCUUAUGGAUAUUAACUUGUCUAUGUGCCUCCUGGUCCUUUCUUGAGAACCCUGGCUCUUGGUGUGUGUGUCUGGUGAAAUUACGGUACCCUGGAGCUGAGAUUUCCUGCAGCUGGUCGGAGUUGUGUCCUAGAAUGCACUGUCUAUUUUGAUGAGAGCUGCUCUGAGUUGUCAGCUUUGUAGGUAAUGCUAGUUUGCUGUUGUGUAGGGUUUCGAUGUGAGCUUGAUGAGAAAUGCAAGACAGGGAAGCUGUGGUGGUGACAGUCCCCGAGUCACUCUUUAUUGUCCUAUUGCCUUUGCUGACAGCGUUGGGAUUAGGUCUGGAUUAUUAUCAAAAACUAUCCUCUUCCCUUCAUUCCCCUUGCAAGAGAUGUGAUGCAAAGUUACCUUUGAGACUUCAAAUUUUUGGCUCCCUGUGGAAAGAACAAUUGUGCAUUUAGUUUCUGUCAUCAGACUCAUUAAGAAAGUAGGAAAGGCAGUACAGACUUUUAGUAUGAUCUUUUUCUAUAUAUCUUUUUGCUCUAGUUAUUACCUGUUCAGGCAGAGGAGUGUGACCCCAGGUAAGUGUUAGAAUUCACAGUUUUCUUGGUAUUGUCCUGCACUGCCUCUCUGUUCCUGCCCUUCUCUGUCCCUUGUCUCCCACUCCCUGGGCAGACAGUGCUUGGAGCCGGGCUCAGCUCCUGCAGUUGCAGAGCAGUGGUUGCUGUGCAGGUGUUUUAGGAUGUCAGUGGCACCGUUGCAUCGGCCGUUGUGUCCUCCCCGAAGCCCCAUCUCUCUUGCUGAGGUGGGCCCAAGAAAGAGCUUGCGGGACCCUGAAACAAUUGCAGUUCACAGGUGAGAUUUGCUGCUCACGGUGGGAGUUGUUCUGCCCUAGAAUUAAAUUGCCUGUGUUUUGCCCAUUGCGUGAGAGUUGCCCCCAGCUGUCAGCUUUUCAGGCAACUCUCUUGCUUGCUGGUGUAUAGUAUUUCCACCCGAGCUUGGUGAAGGAGGGGAAGAACUACAGGUUGAGAUGUUUGCAGUUCCCCAGGUAUUUUGUGCUGCCUUAUUGCUUUUGCUGAGUGCCAACUGUGUUGAUAUUAGUCUGGUGUCUUAUGGAAACCUGCCUUCCUCCUCUUUGAUUCUGCUCACAAAUUGAUGUGUAGCAAGGUGACCUUUAGGACUUCAGGGACAAAAGUUCUCCAUUUUCGUUCUACCACCAGACUGCUUAGGAAAGAGGGGGAGGUGUGAGUAACUUUUUCCUGUUUGUAUGAUCUUUUUGCAAGUAUAAAGCCUUAGUUCAGUAUAAAGUAUUCCGGCAGGUAUGUUAGAAAUGGAAAUUUUGUUUUUCUUUUCUUCUUACCACUGUUCUGCUUGUUGUGGGCACGUGUUCCUUUUCUUCUUACCACUGUUC